AUGAGUACCAAAGUACAAAAGUUGAUGACCCAGCCUAUCAAUCUGAUGUUCAGAUUUCUGCAGAAUAAAUCCCGCAUUCAAGUAUGGUUGUACGAGCAAGUGAACACAAGGAUCGAGGGCCGUAUUAUGGGAUUUGAUGAAUACAUGAAUUUGGUGCUUGAUGAUGCUGAAGAACUGGAUGUAAAAAAUCUCAAGCGCUCGCCACUUGGUCGCAUUCUGCUAAAAGGCGAUACAAUUACGCUCAUGAUGGCCGUCGACUUGUCCAAUUAA